AUGGCCCAUCAUGGCACAGGACAUGCUCGCUUCAACAGAGUGAUGCGCAAGAAAUAUCAAUUGGAUUCAGCAUACUUUAGCGAGACUGGGAAGAGCCCGGGGAACCAUGCGACUCCGACAAUCAUACCGCAGAAUACGGUCGCAAAUGGGCUGGAAGGUGAACUAACCCUAGACCCAGUCAUGCAGGCGCAGGAUGUGCAUGACAGUCAGGGACUGUCCCUCGAAAAGCGCCAGCAAUCAAACACAGCCACGGGGGAUCAGGCUACGGUGUCUGCGACUAUCGUCAACGUGGUCGACAACAAUUCGCAGACUAGCACCGGCACUUCGGCAACUGCACCGACAACGAUAUCUGAAGAGUCGACCGUGCCCGCGACGUCGAUCUCGUCAACAGAUACAGACUCAUUUCUCUUGUCGCUUUCUGCUACCGUCUCGAUUGAUCUACCUCUGACUGCUUCGCCUGCGUAUUCUUCUCCAACCGCAGACACCCCGGCAGUAACGAGUACGCCUGAACCGUCCUCAUCCACCCCACCAUCAUCUGCGCCCGCUACUUCGAAGACAUCCACUCCGCUGUUUGGCUCUACUGCUACCGCUAUUCCCUCUUCGGCUCACCCCCAACCAUCCAGCGCAUUGUCCAGCUCUAGUCCAACUGGGACACAAAGCGGUAGCCAAGUGACCGCCUCCGGCUCUGCUUGGGCAUUCGGCUCCGGUUCACAGUCCACGACGACAUCCUCCGUGACCCAGACGAGCUCCGCGACGACAUCCACCUUCUCAUCGGACUCUACUUCCACCACUUCGCUCUACGGAGCCUGGGGUACGGCCUCUAAUGGAGGGAGUGGAGGAUCAGGGGCAACUGCCACCGGACAAGGUGUCUCGCCUUCAUCCUCUUCGGGCAGCUCUGGCUCUGGCUCCGGCUCCGGCUCUGGCUCUGGCUCUGGCUCCCUCAGCAGCCAAACUAAAGGCAAGAUAGCUGGUGGUGUGGUUGGUGGUGUGGCUGCUGCUAUGUUCGUGUUCGUAAUUGUUGUCUGGCUGCUUCGCCGACGCAAGAAGAACAUCUUGCCGCCAUCUGGGGAUGCCCUCCCCGAGCCGGACACGACCGGGACAGCCGAAGGCUCUCUCCCGCGCUCCGCAGAGAUGACAUCGCGGCGGUCCAGCGACGACCCCCUGUUUACUGCGUCAUACUUUGCCCCGGCUUUCAUGAAGCGAUGGCGCCAGUCGCACAUGACGACACGCACCGACAGUACUCUGAGCUCCGAGCCCAGCGAACGCGGAUUCCAAAAGAUCUCCGGCCGGAAGAUUCCUUCAGUGCUGCAGUCAGGAGGAGACGGCUACGGCGGUGGAUAUGAACCGGGAUCCCCUACUGCGUCUGAGCCGAGCACGCUUUUUUCUCCAAGCUCACCAGUUCAGCCCCGGUCACCGCCAACACAACCGCCCGUAGCGACACCGUAUGGCAUGCCGUUGGAUACCAGCUAUACUCGAGAAGCGGCGGAGGUAGGAGGUGUUGUGGUGUUUCGACCAUCGCCAGCCCGCACACCAGUUACUGGGUCCGCCAAUGCCAGUCUGUCCAAUGAGCCAACCGGGCCGCGGGUCGUUUCGCAAGUCGGGGCGCUCUCUCCGACAAUGCCGAAGCGGCCUGAUGCGCUCGGACGAAGCCAUCCGAGCUUCGAUGGCAGUCGGGGCAGUCGGUUCACGGAGAGUAUAUGA